AUGAAAGAGGCAGUUUUGCAGCAAAGCAAGAAAGAAAUGCAUCUGCUCAAUCUGUGGCCCAAGGGCCACGUAAAGCACUUCCGCUUCCGUUACGUUAUCACCCUAAUAAUAGUUUCACCGUUCACGCUCGGCACCCUGACCCACUUUAUCAACGUCCUCAAAGAAAACUUGGACGUGGAUUUGAGUGGCGACAUUUCGGUGAUCGCAGUGGUGACCGGCUUGCAUUUCAUGCUCAUUACUUUUGUGUGGGGCCACAAGAAAAUCGCCUACCUUUGGGAGAAUCUGGGCCCGCACGAGUACUUCGGCAAGCCCGACAAUUUUGAAAAACGCUGCAAACAGCUCAAUUUUUACUCGCGCCUCUAUGCCUACUAUUGCUACCUAGGUUUGACGGUCUACAUCAUCAUGAAAAACCGUGGCGGGAUCGAAUGCCGCAGGCUAAACGUUGAGAGAAACUUGACGGAAAUUUGCGGCCUGGUUACCACGUUUUGGGCACCUUUUGAUAUUGACUUUUUCCCGUUUCGCCAGAUUUUGUUCGUUGAUCAGGUUUUUGCCACCUAUUUCAUCGUCAAAGGAGGGGCUGCCAUUUCGUUCACUACGCUGGAAGUGGGCGAGUAUAUUAUCCUCAAAAUCAAGCACCUUAAAAGACUGGUGAAGGAGGUGUUCGAUGAUCCACGAGAGGAGGUGCAGAGGAAGAAACUUGUGUUUUGCAUCAAAUAUCACCAAUAUAUUAUUAGUAUUCAGGAAUUAUACGAUGGGCGCUAUAAGCACUGCAACGGGUGCUAUAUUCUAAUGGUUGGGAUAAUCAUAGCAAGCCUUUCAAACGAAAUAAUGAAGAAUCACAAUAUUGAGGCACUACUGCAUCUAGUGGGUUGGGUUUUCAGUUUUUACAUUUGCUGCUUUUCUGGCCAGUCGCUGCUUUCAGAAAGUUUGACAAUUCCAGACGCAGCUUUUGAAUCUAAAUGGUACGAAGCACCGGUUUAUAUGCAAAAAGAUCUGCUCUUGAUGAUGCUAAGGUCACAAAAACCGUUAAUGCUUCACGCUACUCCAAUCGGAGUCAUGUCGCUUAGCCUUUUUAUCACAUUGGUCAAAACCUCGUACUCAUACUUCACCCUUCUCAACCAAUCCACUUAGCUGUUUUUGCACUAUUUAUUACUAAUCGAUUAUUACAACGACCCAAUUAGAUAAAUUACAAAGCGGGCAAAUAUAAAUAAA